UAGUCUUCAAGCAUUGGUCCUGUAAUUUAAUUUUGAAAUAAUAAUAAAGCAGAGCAAUUCUCCUUGGCUUUGAUUUUGAAACCCUCAUUUUCAUCACUGUUCCUGAGUUGCAGGAGUGGUGUGUGUUUGUAAAUAAAACAAUGAGCAAUACUUUGGGACAAGGUUUGGCAAAUCAAGUACAUGGCCAACUUCUCUUGACAGUUUCCGAACAGCAAAACAGAGCUGGUUAUGGGGUUUCUUGCAAUCUCCCAGGUCAAAAUCAAUCAUUAAAUAUAAAAAAGAAAACAAAAUCCCAUCAAAAGCCUCUAGUUUCCGACAUAUUUCCUGUCAACCAUCUAUAUGUAAAAAGAAAGUACCUGUCUCAUGAAAUUCGUCGGUUGAUUUCAUUUGUACCACGUGCAGUCCUGGCAACAGAUCCUGUUUCUCAGUCAGCAGGAAAAUUUGACCUUGAUGGAAGAUCAGAAUUGCAGAUAUCUGUGGAUGAAUCCAAUCCUGGUUCUCUCUUCCAAAUUAAUAUUCAAGUCACAAACAGUAGUCCGUCCUUGACCCUUCAUUGGGGCACCAUUCAUGAUGGGCAGCAGAACUGGAAAUUACCUUCUCGUCAUCCUGAAGGAACUCAAAACUACAAGAACAGGGCUCUAAGAACUCCUUUUGUGAAAUCUGGUGAGAACUCCUUUUUGAAGAUAGAGGUCGAUGAUCCUCAGAUAAAAGCCAUAGAGUUCCUUUUGUUUGAUGAGUCACAGAACAAAUGGUUCAAAAACAAUGGCCAAAACUUUCAGGUUCGGCUGGUGAGUGAUGUGAGAACAGCUCAAAAUAUUUCAGUGCCUGAAGAUCUAGUACAAGUUCAAGCAUACUUACGGUGGGAAAGAAAGGGAAAACAGAUGUACACACCGGAACAAGAAAAGGAGGAGUAUGAAGCAGCUCGGACUGAGUUAUUGGAAGAGGUAGCCAGGGGCACUGCCAUUGAUGAACUUCGAGCAAAACUUACAAGUAAUAGCGAUACCUUGAAGGAUCCGCUUGAUCCUUUGGGGAAAGUACUUGUGGAGAAGAUACCUGAUGAUCUCAUACAAAUACAGGCAUAUAUAAGAUGGGAGAAGGCUGGAAAGCCAAACUACUCCCAAGAUCAACAAAUUAAGGAGUUUGAGGAAGCCAGGAAAGAACUGCAAAAUGAAUUAGACAAGGGUAUGUCUCUUGAUGAGAUCCGAAAGAAGAUAGUCAAAGGCAACAUUCAAACAAAAGUUACCAAGCAACUCAAGAAUAAAAAGUACUUUACUGUUGAAAGAAUUCAGCGUAAGAAGAGGGAUAUCAUGCAGCUACUCAAUAAACAUGCUGCUGAAUCUUUGAAGACAGAGGUUUCUGUCAUGCCAAGAGCCCCAACAACACUAGAGCUUUGCUCAAAAGUCAAGGAAGAACAAGAUGGCGGUUGUGUUUUGAAUAAGAAAGUCUUUAAAUUUGGUGAUAAGGAACUUUUGGCUCUUGUCACCAACCCCAAUGGUAAGAUCAAAAUUUACCUGGCCACAGAUCUAAAAGGACCUGUAACCCUACACUGGGGUUUAUCAAAGAGGGCUGGAGAAUGGAUGGCACCUCCACCGGGUAUUAUACCACCAGGUUCCACUUUGGAGCAAAAAGCUAGUGAAACACAAUUUGUUGAGGGCUUUUCUGGGGAUCUUUCUCUCCAGUCUGUUGAGAUAGAGAUUGGGGAUGAUCAAUAUGUGGGAAUGCCAUUUGUUCUUCAAUCUGGUGGACAAUGGAUCAAAAGCAAUGACUCUGACUUUUAUAUUGAACUUGGUGUUGGAAAGGAAAAGAAGAAGGAUGCUGGAAAUGGUGAAGGGACUGCAAAGGCAUUGUUGGAUAGAAUAUCAGAAUUGGAGAGUGAUGCUGAACGGUCCUUUAUGCACAGAUUUAACAUUGCAACAGAUUUAACAGAAUGGGCUAAAGAUCAAGGGGAACUAGGUCUAGCCGGACUUCUUGUAUGGAUGAGAUUUAUGGCAACACGACAACUCACAUGGAAUAGAAACUAUAAUGUGAAGCCACGUGAGAUCAGUAAAGCUCAAGAUAAUCUUACAGACUCACUUCAAAGAAUAUAUGAAAGUUAUCCUCAGUACAGGGAGAUUGUGCGAAUGAUCAUGUCAACAGUAGGCCGCGGUGGAGAAGGGGAUGUUGGCCAACGUAUUCGGGAUGAAAUAUUGGUGAUCCAGAGAAACAACGAUUGCAAGGGUGGAAUGAUGGAGGAAUGGCAUCAAAAGCUUCAUAACAAUACCAGUCCAGAUGAUGUUGUAAUUUGUCAGGCACUAAUUGAUUAUAUCAGUAGUGACUUUGAUAUAAGUGUUUACUGGAACACCCUCAACUCCAAUGGUAUCACAAAAGAACGCCUUCUAAGCUAUGAUCGUGGAAUUCAUUCUGAACCACACUUUCGAAGAGACCAGAAGGAGGGUCUUCUACGUGAUUUAGGAAAUUAUUUGAGAACAUUGAAGGCGGUGCACUCAGGUGCAGAUCUUCAGUCUGCAAUUGCAACAUGUAUGGGUUAUAGUGCGCAGGGUCAAGGCUUCAUGGUUGGAGUUGAGGUCCAUCCUAUCUCUGGGUUGCCAUCUGGAUUCCCUGAACUUCUGCAAUUCAUUCUUCAUCAUGUUGAAGAUAAACAGGUUGAACCUCUGCUUGAGGGUUUGCUGGAAGCACGUGUUGAGCUUCGUCCUUUGCUUCUUAGAUCCCAUGAUCGUCUUAAGGAUCUUAUAUUUUUGGAUCUUGCUUUGGAUUCUACUGUUAGAACAGCCAUUGAAAGGGGAUAUGAGGAGUUGAAUAAUGCUGAACCACAAAAAAUUAUGCAUUUUAUAGCACUAGUUCUCGAGAAUUUGGUACUCUCAUCAGACAGUAAUGAGGAUCUUAUCUACUGCUUGAAGGAAUGGAAUUAUACCCUCCAGAUGUCCAAGUCCCAAGAUGACCAUUGGGCACUAUAUGCAAAGUCUGUUCUUGAUAGGAGCCGACUUGCUCUCACAAGUAAGGCAGAGCACUACCAGAGAAUUCUGCAACCUUCUGCUGAGUAUCUUGGAUCAUUACUUGGGGUUGACAAGUGGGCAGUAAGCAUAUUUACUGAAGAGAUCAUCCGAGCUGGAUCGGCUGCUUCCCUAUCAUUGCUUCUUAAUCGACUUGACCCCAUUCUUAGAGAGACUGCUCAUCUUGGCAGUUGGCAGGUGAUAAGUCCAGUUGAAGUGAUUGGCUAUGUUGUUAUUGUCAAUGAGUUGCUUGCUGUUCAGAAUGUAUCAUAUGAACGGCCAACAGUUUUGGUGUCGAAAAGAGUGAAGGGAGAGGAAGAAAUUCCAGAUGGUACUGUUGCUGUGUUAACGCCUGACAUGCCAGAUAUCCUAUCUCAUGUUUCAGUGCGAGCAAGAAAUAGCAAGGUUUGUUUCGCAACAUGUUUCGAUCCCAAUAUUCUUAGUGAUCUUCAGUCAAAAGAAGGGAAGCUAAUAAGAGUAAAGCCAACAUCUUCUGAUCUUAUUUACAGUGAGGUCAAGGAAACUGAAACGUUGAAUGGAAGUCCACUUACUGCAAAGGUUGAAGAGUCAUCACCAGCAAUAACUAUAGCCAGAAAAGAGUUUGCCGGUAGAUAUGCAAUAUCUUCUGAUGAGUUUUCUCCUGAAAUGGUCGGAGCUAAAUCUCGUAACAUAUCAUAUUUGAAAGGCAAAGUCCCCUCCUGGGUCGGACUUCCGACAUCAGUUGCUCUCCCAUUUGGAGUGUUUGAAAAAGUUCUUUCGGAAGAUUCAAACAAGAAUGUAGCUGAAAAAAUCGAGGUACUUAAGAAAAGAUUGCAAGGAGGAGAAUUCUCUGCAUUACAUGACAUCCGGGAAACAGUGUUGCAGCUCACUGCAUCGCCUCAAUUGGUUCAAGAGCUGAAGGACAAGAUGAAAAGUGCUGGUAUGCCUUGGCCUGGUGAUGAAGGUGAGCAGAGAUGGCAGCAAGCAUGGAUGGCAAUAAAGAAGGUUUGGGCUUCUAAGUGGAAUGAAAGAGCAUAUUUCAGCACCCGUAAAGCAAAACUUGAUCAUAACUAUCUUUGUAUGGCUGUUCUCGUUCAAGAAAUUAUUAGUGCCGAUUAUGCAUUUGUAAUACAUACAAUCAACCCAUCGUCCAGGGAUUCUUCAGAGAUAUAUGCUGAGGUGGUGAAAGGGCUAGGAGAAACUCUUGUGGGAGCUUAUCCUGGGCGCGCUUUGAGUUAUGUUUGUAAGAAGACCAACCUAGACUCUCCAAAGAUAUUGGGUUACCCAAGCAAGCCAAUUGGUCUUUUUAUAAAACGAUCCAUCAUCUUUCGGUCUGAUUCAAAUGGUGAAGAUCUCGAGGGUUAUGCUGGUGCUGGCCUUUAUGACAGUGUCCCAAUGGAUGAGGAAGAGAAGGUAGUGCUUGAUUACUCUACCGACCGCCUAUUGGUGGACCCUGGCUUUCGGAAUUCAAUCCUCUCGAGCAUAGCCAAGGCCGGUAGUGCCAUCGAAGAGCUCUAUGGUUCCCCCCAAGAUAUUGAGGGUGUUGUUAAAGAUGGCAAAAUCUUUGUCGUCCAAACGAGGCCACAGGUGUAAUACUAAUAUUGUUCUUCAAUUUCAAAAAAUGCUUGUUAUUGUUUAAACUGUACCAUAGGGGAAGCAGAUUCAUAUUCCGAGUACUUAUUGUCUAAUACAUUGAAGUUAAAAUGAAACAAAUAUAAUUGUAGUUCAGUUUAAAUGAGAAACUGAUUUCUUAAA